AUGGCUCCAAUAAAUCUUUCCCACCGGCAAACGCACAAUUUGCUGCUCAUUUCGAAGCUUUUGAGUCUGAGGGACACUGCUUCGCCGUUUACUCUGCUCUUGGAUUCCUUGGAGCAACCGGCUACUCAAUUAAUAAAGGAGUAUAUAAGACGUGCGAAGCUAUCCAAGGUCCAUAUCACCCUAAUCGCAUUCGAAACACUAAAGCGCCCCGACGGCGUCGACGCACUUAUCUCAGCUCGCCGAAAGAGCUCGCAGCAGAUCGUAAAGGAAGUCAGCGCUACAUACCAGACAACAUCAUCAACCAAUCUCUCGCACCGACGACUAAUCCUCAUCGACUCACUCAAUCCCCUUAUCAACUCCAAAACCGUCGACUCCCACUUCAAUCUACCAGCCUUCCUGAGCUCCUUCCUCGUUCCCACAAGCUCCUCCGUACCAAAGGUCGAGACAUCGCUCGUUGCAACGUAUCACCAAGAUGUUCCUAUUUCCUCGAAUCAACAGCCGUAUGCACCGUCGCCGCUUUCGUUAUUAUCUUACCUCGCAACCACCGUCAUAAGACUUCAUUCGUUCUCGCAUAUCCUCGCGCAAAAGGCGGCCCGGGAUCGCAGUCUGGCGGCUCCGGUUUUCGGGCUUGAAGAGGAACAGGAUGGUGUGCUGCUUUACAGAUUGGAUAAGCUCGUUGGGAACGAGAAUGCAGAGGGAAUUGUUCUGGAGAUGGAACACCGACGAAAGAGUGGACGUGGUGUGUUGGAGUGGUAUAUUCUUCCACCUGCGUCGCGGUACCCUCCAAAUCAGACGAAGGAAAUUGUGACGUUACUUGACGACCAUCCGCUCUACCGUCCACCUGAGGAGCCGGAUACUGAUGCCGGAGAUGAAGAGCCGGAGUCGACGUUUAACCUACGGCUUACUGACAGGCAGAGGCGCGAAAGAGAAGGCGUUGUAUUACCAUACUUUGAUGCGCAGAGUGGUGAAGGGCCUGGUGAGGGAGGGCGGAUUCUAUAUGACAUGGGAGAGGAAGAUGAUUUUGAUGAGGAAGAGGACGAGAUUUAA